UUUCCCCCAGUUUGCUGACGACAAGCCUGAGGGUCAGGGAGGUGAGUUGACUUUCCCAAGACUCGAUGAAGCCAAGAAAUACAGCCAGAGGAGGCGUUCAGGGCGGGUGCCCGUGCGGCGGAGGGACCGAGCCGCGCACCUGUCCGCAGCUGCAGGAUUUCUGCACACGAGGGUCCUUGGGUCAGCGGACUGGUGGGCAGGGAGGGCCUGGAGCCUUGUUUUGGAGCUGCAUUUACCCAGUGCUGUCCUCCCAGAUCUGGCUGAGUACAGGAACCGAGGAAGGCCUUACCCAUGUCCCGGUAGGAAGAAAUCACCCCACCACCUGCCUCCCAUGCUGGCCCCCUAUUCCUGCCUCGGAGAGACAAGAGCCAAGUGUCCAGGCCUUGACCCAAGGUGCCCUCAGGACUGCUUCUCCAUGAGCCUAAGUCAAGGUCAAGCUGCAGCCACCCCAAGUUCUGCUUAGGAGUAUCCAGUACCCAAAGACUUAAAUAUUUUUUCUUUGUCUUCCUCAAUAUCAUCAUCAUUAGUGUUCAUAUUGACGCUGUGGACUAUUCUGCACUGUCUGAACCAACACCCUAUUUCUUUAUCUUCAUGAUAGUCCGAGGAGGUGAGGUCUGUUAUCAUCCCCAUUUUACUGAUGAACUGGAGCUCAGAGAGGUGAAGUCACCUGCCCCAAGUCACACAGCAUAUGAGUGGUGGAUUCAAACCCAGGUCUGUCCUGUUCACAGCCUGGGCUCUCUUGACUCUGACAUGGGCCUCCUUCUCGGAGCUUCAAAAUGUCCCCUAUGCUUCAGUGGACAGAAGAACAAGCCACUUCCUGCCCAUGCAGGCUCACCAGAAUCCCCCACAGCCCUUAGAGUGCAUUUCUUGAUACUCAGCAAUGCACUGCAUGCCUUCUGAUCUCCCCAGCGCCUGGCUGAAGGUGGGCCAACCCCUCCCUGUUCCCUUCAAUUCACACAUUCCCUACAUGCCCCCUCAGUGCCCUGUUCUGGGGGCUGAGGACCUCGAGAUGAGCUAGCUCUGGAACCUGUCUUCCAAGAGCUUAUGGUCCAAGGGGAAGCCUGAAGGGAAUAAAAAGACCCUGGUAUUCCAUUGCUGGAUCAUAAGUAACCAAUAAACACUACUAUGUGCUAGGCCA